CUGCAAACAAAUUAUUAACUCUUUUCCUAUCUGUUUUGAAGAAAAGAAGAAUUUUUUCACAAUCUGGCAGCGAAACGCGCGCGCACUUUGUGUUUUUGCCAAAAUCAUAACACAGGCCUGUCCUGUGUGAAACUGCAGUCCGAAGUACUUCGUCUUAGUUCCUGAAAAUUAACAUACACAAGUGUCAAAGUUUCAGUGUAAUAUAUCAACAUCAUCGAAUAUUUAAAAAUAUCCAGUUGGGGGAAGAAUUGGCUUAUUACUCAAGAUGUCGUCCAGAUUUUUAUCUUCGACGCUGCGGGCCAAAAUUCCAAACUUCUCAAGCACUUCUGGCAACAACGCUCCAUUAUUUGAAAUGUCAGAUAAUUUAAUACAUCCUUUCACUUUCAGAGGAUCAGAGGUUAGAAAACCUUUCAACCUCAUAAAGGGUGUAUCAGGUGUAUUAUCUUGUGAAACUCCACGAACAAUGGCUACAUCAACUGAUAAAAAUUGUAAAAAUUUAACUCUGGAUACCUUGAAUCCAUGCGUUAAAGUAAUGGAAUAUGCUGUAAGAGGACCCUUAGUAAUUAGAGCUGGAGAAAUUGAGAAAGAACUCGAAAAGGGAAUCAAGAAACCUUUCAAAACAGUACUCAAAGCAAAUAUUGGAGAUUGCCAUGCUAUGGGACAAAAACCUAUUACAUUCAUAAGACAAGUUUUAGCUCUUGUUUCAUAUCCCGAGUUGAUGAAAAGUCCAGAUUUUCCCGAAGAUGCAAAAUUAAGAGCUCGAGAUAUUUUGAAAGGUUGUCGAGGAGGUUCGGUUGGAUCUUAUACAGAUUCUCCUGGAAUUGAACUGAUCAGGAGACAUUGUGCAGAAUAUAUUGAAAGAAGAGAUGGUCAUCCUUGUGACUGGCAGAAUAUUGUAUUAGGAGCUGGUGCUAGUGAUUGUAUCAAAGGAAUUUUAAAAUUGUUGAUAUGUGAUAUUGGAUGCAAGAAGCCCGGAGUAAUGGUACCUAUUCCGCAAUACCCCCUUUAUUCAGCUACUUUGGCUGAAUUCAAUAUGCACCAAAUUGGUUAUUAUUUGGAUGAAUCAAAAUUAUGGGGAUUAACACUACCGGAACUCCAAAGAUCUAUAAAUGAGGCAAAACAAGUUUCUCAGCCAAGAGCUAUUGUAGUUAUAAAUCCUGGUAAUCCUACCGGUCAAGUUUUAACUAAAGAAAAUAUCCAAGAAAUUAUCAAAUUUGCCCAUAAGGAGAAUCUGAUGAUACUUGCAGAUGAGGUAUAUCAAGAUAAUAUUUAUGCUGAGGGCUCAAAAUUCUAUUCAUUCAAGAAGGUUAUGAUGGAAAUGGGUGCCCCUUACUCUGAUAUGGAAUUGGCUAGUUUCAUGUCAUGUUCAAAAGGUUACAUGGGUGAAUGCGGCCUUCGAGGGGGUUAUGUAGAAAUUCUAAAUAUGGACCCCAACGUUAAGGCUAUGUAUAUGAAAGCGAUAAGUGCCAGUUUAUGUUCUACUGUCUUAGGACAGGCAGUUAUCGAUGUUGUAGCAAACCCACCAAGAAAGGAUGAACCAAGUUAUGAACAGUUUAUGAAAGAAAAAUUGGGAGUGUUGGGAGCUCUCAAACUCAGGGCUAAAAUGGUAGAAGAAACCUUUAAUCAAAUUGAAGGAUUUAGUUGUAACCCUGUGCAAGGUGCGAUGUAUGCUUUCCCUCAGAUUAAGUUGCCACCCAAAGCAAUUGAGGCUGCUAAAAAGGAAAACAAAGCACCGGAUGCUUUUUAUGCGUUCCGUCUACUUGAAGAAACUGGAAUAUGCAUUGUACCAGGUUCAGGUUUUGGUCAAAUGCCUGGAACAUAUCAUUUUCGUACUACAAUUUUACCACAAACUGAUGCCUUGAAGGAUAUGCUGGGAGUGUUCAAAUCUUUCCAUGAGAAAUUUAUUGCUACCUACUCUUGAAACAUAAAUUGUUGAAAUUUGAUACAGAAGUGUUUCAGUCACAUUUUAAAUUAUUAAUUUUGAGUCUUGUGAUACAUCACCUAACGGAAUAUACUGUAAUGUUCCACAAAGUGAAUUAGUUGAAAUUAUUGUUAUUACAGUAUGCAUAUUUAUAGUUUUAUUGUUUAAAAAAUAUAUUGUUUUAGAUAAUGAAAA